CAGUAUAUAUAAAACUAUGUCAUGGUCAAGAGUUGUAUGGAAGAAGUUAUUGAGGGAGGAAGAAAUGACCAUUCCCACGAUCUGGGUAGUAAAUAAGAAUGUCUGUUGGCCAAAAAGCAAUAAUGUUAUUAGAGCUUGCUCACAGCAAUGGCCACCAAAAGAUGACUGGAUUAAAUAUCCUAUAAUAAAAAUUAAGAUUCAAUCAGAUGAUAAAAGUUUAUGUGAUGGUUUUGAUUUUACAUCGGAAGAAGAAAAUGAAGAUUUGCAUAAUACCAAAAACCAAAAACAUUCAAUAGCUGUAAAAAGAAAAUCUUCUAUAACACAAUCACCAUUCCAACAACCAUUUAAAUCUCCCAAUUUAAUUAUCAACUGAGUCACAAUCUUCAUUAUUUACAUCUUCAUUUUUCUCCCAAAAUAAAAGAAAAGAGAUUUCUCCUAUCAUUUUACCCCCAAUUCAUCGGCAACCGUUAAAAUCGAGAAUACCGCAACGAAUUUUAAAACCAUCGUUCUCAUCACAGCCUAAUUCUCCAUUUAUUUCAACUUCAUCUGUAUCAAAAAGCUAUGAACAAGAAAGUAUAAAUACUUCAAAUAUUGCAUUAAACAAGUUUCCAUUAACAGAAGCAAGAUUUCAGUAUAAGGUUCUCCACAAGUUACAAGAGAUUUUAGAAGAAACAAAGAAACAGGGUGAAAGAAAUGAAUUGCCUGAUUCGACUUAUUCUAUAAAUCAAAUGUCAGGUUUGGAAGAUUUUAAUGAGUUUAAUAAUAUAAUAAGGAAUUUUAAACAUAAUGGGUUGCCAUAAUACAGUAUUGGGUUACUAUGUUUUGCACAUUAAAUUUAUAUACCAUCAUUUAUACGUUUUUAUUCUAUAAUUAAAUAGUUUUUUUUUAGAGAACUCAGCUUU